AAAUGUUGACGUUCACCAUUUAUUCGAAAGGUUCCGUGCGGUCAAUGAGCAUAUCAGUGCGGGUUUUGUUCUAAAUUGUGCGUUUGAUGCGCUAAAAUCCACUAAAACUGGCUGCGAAAAUGAAGCAGUUUCUAUUUGUGGCUUUAUUGGCUUUGGCUCUUAUCGGGUCAACAAGGGCCGAUUUAGAUGCCACUGAAACCCCCAGUGUUGAAGCAGACCUGGGAGCUGGCAAAGAGGGUUCUAGAACUGAUGAUGAAGUGGUCCAAAGAGAAGAGGAAGCCAUCAAGCUGGACGGGCUCAAUGUGGCGCAACUCAAGGAAAUUCGCGACCGAGCCGAAAAGUUCACUUUCCAGACGGAAGUCAAUAGAAUGAUGAAGCUGAUCAUCAAUUCACUGUACAGAAACAAGGAGAUCUUCCUACGAGAGCUGAUCUCAAAUGCCUCGGAUGCCAUAGACAAGAUCCGGCUGCUUUCCCUCACCGACAAAUCGGUGCUGGACGCUGUUCCCGAGCUAAGCAUUCGCAUAAAGGCCGAUAAAGAGACGGGAAUGCUGCAUAUCACCGAUACGGGCAUUGGAAUGACCAAAGCGGACUUGGUGAAUAACUUGGGGACGAUCGCCAAAUCUGGAACGGCAGAGUUUUUGGGCAAAAUGCAAAGUGCAGAAUCGAGCCAAGAUCUGAACGACAUGAUCGGCCAGUUUGGAGUCGGGUUUUACUCGGCAUUUUUGGUCGCUGAUAAGGUCCUGGUUACUUCGAAGCACAACGACGACAAACAGUACAUUUGGGAGUCAGAUUCCUCCAGCUACAGCAUUGCAGACGAUCCCAGAGGAAGCUCGUUGAAGAGAGGCACGACCGUCAGCCUCCAGCUGAAGCCCGAAGCUAAAGACUUCCUGGAGCACGAAACCAUCAAGGCCCUAGUGACGAAGUACUCGCAGUUCAUCAACUUCCCCAUCUACUUGUGGACCAGUCACACUGAAACUGUAGAAGAGCCGCUGGAUGAAGACGAUGUAGAGGCGACAACUGCCAAGCCAAUCGAAGAUGAGGAAGAUGCAGCCAUCGAGGAGGAGAAGGAGGACAAGCCCAAGACCAAGAAAGUCUCCAAAACCGUCUGGGACUGGGAGCUGCUCAAUGACAGCAAACCCAUUUGGACGCGGAAGCCUGCUGAAGUUGCCGAUAAAGAGUACAGCGAGUUCUACAAGGCGCUCACUAAGGACGACAAGGACCCGCUGACGAAGAUCCACUUUGUCGCUGAGGGCGAGGUUACGUUCAAGGCUUUGCUGUUUGUUCCCAAAGUGCAACCUUCGGAAAGCUUCAACCGAUAUGGCACCAAGACCGACAACAUCAAGCUCUUUGUCAGGCGAGUGUUCAUUACAGACGAGUUCAACGAUAUGAUGCCGUCCUUCUUGAGCUUCGUCAGAGGUGUUGUGGAUUCCGAUGACCUGCCUUUGAACGUUUCUCGUGAAACUUUGCAGCAACACAAGCUGAUCAAGGUGAUAAAGAAGAAGCUGGUGAGGAAGGUUCUGGACAUGCUGAAGAAGCUGCCCGUCGAGCAAUACGAGCAGUUCUGGAAGGAGUUUUCCACCAACAUCAAGUUGGGCGUUAUCGAAGAUCCGGCUAAUAGAACAAGGCUGGCCAAGUUGCUGAUGUUCCUGUCGUCGAAUGGCGAAAAAAUGACCUCGCUGGCAGACUACGUGAGCCGCAUGAAGCCGAAGCAGGAAAAGAUCUUCUACAUUGCCGGCUCCACCAAAGAAGAAGUGAGCAAGUCGCCGUUCGUAGAGCGUCUGCUGCGCAAAGGAUACGAGGUGUUGUUCCUCACUGAAGCAGUGGAUGAGUAUGCGAUCUCUGCCAUCCCAGAGUUCGAAGGCAAGAAGUUCCAGAACGUGGCCAAGGAGGGUUUCAGUUUAACGGAAAGCGAAGGAGGAAAAGAGCGACUGGAGCAGCUGCAGAAGUCCUUCGAGCCUCUAACCAAGUGGCUGGCCGACGAUGUUUUGAAGGAGCACAUUGCCAAGGCCACAAUAUCGGAACGACUGAGCGAUUCGCCUUGUGCCCUAGUGGCUAGCAUGUUCGGCUGGACCGGCAACAUGGAGCGAUUGGCCGUAUCCAAUGCCCAUCAGAAGGCAGAUGAUCCUCAAAGAUCCUACUAUUUGAACCAGAAGAAAACUCUGGAAGUCAACCCCAGGCACCCCCUGAUGAAGGAGCUCUUGAAAAGGGUCAGUGAUGAUCCAAGUGAUCCCAACGCCAAAGACAUGGCUCUGAUGUUGUUCAGAACGGCCACUCUUCGAUCGGGCUACAUGCUAAAGGAAACUGCCGAUUUCGCUCACUCGGUGGAAGCAAUGAUGCGGAAGACCUUGGGCGUGCCUCUCGACGAACAGGUUGAGGAGGAGGAGGAAGAGAUCCAGGAUGAUUCCGCUCCGGAGGAGGAUGCGGAGGCAGCCGACAAGGAUGAGGCGGAACAUGAUGAGUUGUAGGAUAAUGUGUUUUGAAUGUUGUGCGAUUUGUGUGAAGUGGUGAUAACUUAUUUCGUUGUUUAGAGCAACUGCAAAGACUGUCUACUUUUUUAAUGUUCACUUUAAAAUAAAGUGGUUUAUUUA